AGUUUAAGUAUUUAAAUGAAAAAAUCUAACAAGUUCGAGGGGCUUUGUAUGUAUUCAGCCUUCCUAAACUUCUUUAAUGGCAAACUUUUAAGUCUUAGCUAUCAAUGUGUACUAAACCCAUACUACAGGGGCAAAUCGAACUUUCCUUAUUUAAGAAGGGUCAAAACAUUAAUAUACAGAAUGAAAUUGCGGAUAGAGCACCACCACUCGCUCGGAGCGAAGCUAUUCCACAAAUCGGCGGCCACCGGUUCUCCUCCUCCUCCUCCUCUGCCGUCGUCGUCGCGGUCGUCGUAUUCAUCUCUCUGAAUGGCGACGCUGUUAAAAUUCUAUAAACCAUUGUUACCUUCCCGCAUCUCACGUCUCCCAGUUCGCUUCCACAACUUUAAAACGCUCAUCGCCGCCGCCAGAAACCGACCGAGGGUUCGGUGCCUGAGUACAACAGAAAAUUCAAACCAUAAAGUGAAUAUAACAGAGAGUAACGGCGCCGCCGUUGACGGUGACGGAACAGAAACUCAAUUGAAGAAACAACAACUUUGGUUACACAACACAAUGAGCAAACAAAGGGAACUAUUUAUACCAAAAGUGCCGGGAAAAGUUGGAAUGUAUGUCUGUGGUGUAACAGCGUAUGACCUCAGCCAUAUCGGCCAUGCUCGUGUUUAUGUUAGCUUUGAUGUUCUUUAUAGAUACCUAAAUUAUUUGGGAUAUGAGGUCAAUUAUGUCCGGAACUUCACCGAUGUUGAUGAUAAGAUUAUUGCUAGAGCAAAUGAACUGAGGGAGGAUCCAAUUAAAUUAAGCAAACGCUUCUGUGAAGAGUUUCACCUAGACAUGGCAUAUCUUCACUGUCUUCCUCCUUCAGUGGAACCUCGUGUCUCUGAUCACAUGCCUAAUAUAAUCGAUAUGAUUCAGCAGGUUCUUUCUUGAUCGUUUGUGCCUUUUUUGUAAUGACUUUUUUGGCUUGAGUAGUUGGGAAAAGUUGUAGCCUCUUGUGGGGUGGGAGCAACCCUAUUUAUGUGGUGUUAAUCUUAUUUUUGCUGCUUUUAGUUGAGUUUUGCCUGUUCAGUUGUACAAAAUUUUAUCAGACGUUCCUUUGAUGUACUCUAGCUA